AUGGAGAGCGUCAUACUUGAAGACUCGCCGCUGGCCGCCUUGCUCGAGGGCGACGGAACUGGAGGGCUGCUCUCUGCGCCGCCGUCCCCAGCAGGGUCCAGCGCCUCCGACGGCCACGGCCACGGCCACGAUUUUGCGCCACGCGGGCCCUCGACGCUGCACUCGAGGAUACGAGACCGACUCCCGCGGCCGCUGCGCAUCCGUGCCACCCGCCACGGCUCCGUCGCCCGCAUCCACCUGGCGUGCUCGAAAGCCGUCAAUGCUCGACUCGGGCGCGCCGACAACGAACGCUUCCUCGAACACUUCCGCUACCUCGUCGUCGCCUCACAGCUGCUCGGCGAGCCGUCCAGCAUACGGACCACGGCCUUCCCCAGCCACUCCCUGGUUCCCGGCCCCGAGUUCAAGGUCGCGACCACCAGCCCCGCCGGCGCUGCCCUCACCGCCGCCACCGCCUUCACCCUCGUCUGGCUCGUCCACUGGUCGCGCCGCCGCUCGGGCUUCAGCAAAGCACGCUUCGUCGUCGUCCUCGUCGUCUUCGCCGUGGUCGCAACAGCGUCGUACGCCCACAUCCGCCGCCAGUGGCUGCACACCCUCAGGCAGCAAGCCGUCGAGAAUGCCUCGGCCCUGGUCACCAACCUGCAGGCUUUCGAAGCCUCGACGUCAUCGGCGCUUGCGCUCAUACAGGAGGUGGAGCUCGUCUCGAGGGGCUACAGGCUAUCCAUGCCCUUACCCCCCAUCUCCCGCAUUGAGGACAAGGCACAGGCCCGCCGCUGUCAACGACUACGCCGCAGCCUGCGCGCAGCCUUUGCCGCAGUCAUCCCCGUCUUGUCAGAGCAGUGCCAGACACUGAAGCAACAAGUCCAGGAAGACGACAUUGAAAAGUACCUUGAUGUCUACGAGAUCAGCAACCCCGACCUGCACGACGCCUCUCUGGGCUGCACCGAAUCCGAGUUCGAAGACGCUGAAUCUUUGAAGGCGCUUCGAUCCUGGCAGUACCGGCUGUCCACCCUCCGUCGCGUCUAUCUAUGCUCCUUGCUCGCCCUCCAGGCCGACGGUGGCAAGGCCGACUUCUCAAGGUGGGCGACGGUCGUUGACUCCAUGAUUGCUGUAGCCGCACCAACAGGCGAAUGGAGUGAGAAAUUCAACAACGUGCUGGCUGAAGAGGAGCAGUUCGUGCUGCCGUCGCUGAACAAACUGCAGCCCACGCCAGGUCGCGAGAAUCUGCGCAAUUCAGUGCGCAAGCUGUCAGGCCUCUCACAGGGCAUUCGCGGACUGCAGGCGAAGAUGCAGGUGCUGCGUGAAGAGACCAACAAGAGCCUGGAAGACACAGAAGACGUCACCGAGCUCGGCGGCCAUCUCAUGGUGCAAUACGACUCGAUUGGCGCCGAUCUGAGGAGUCUGAUUCAGGCCUGGGAGAGCGGCAGAAACGCCCUCGCCCUCAACAUCGAGCGCCACGAGCGGCGCAUAUCCCAGGCGUCCAGCAGCGGACUGCGCUCCCCCGUGCCCAGCCUGGGUGGUCUGACGGCUGUCGAUGAAGGCAGUCCGUCUGAUGCUCUGCGUGCUUUGAAUGGAGAGACGCUGAGUCCGCAGCAGAGCGCUCCCCCGAGCGACCAAGGCAGCAACUCGGACGACGAAGUCUUCGAAGCCAUUGCCAUUCCCAAGACCCGCCUCACCAUGUCGAGGGAAGAGCGCAUGCAGAAGAUGCAAGCGGACCGUGCUCGCCAGGCCUCGUUGCGCGAGCAACGCGAAGCGAGCAAUAACAUGCUGAGAGAGCUCGAGAGCGUCAUUAACCUCCGACCGCACAGACAUACAUUGCCGGCUGGGCGCGUUACGAGUCUCUGA